AUGAGCUGCGUUGAUUGUUGGAUCCAAGGAACAAAUCAUAGUGGUGUUUUAGAUGGCCAGACCUCAGCUGUCGACACGUCCAUUUUGAUCUCUGUACUGUGUUUCACUAUAGUGAUGGACAUCAUUGGAAAUACUCUGGUGAUUUUUUCAAUUCUGAGAAGUAAAAAACUAAGAAAUCCUGGUAAUGUGUUUGUCAUCAGCCUGUCCAUUGCUGACCUCAUUGUUGCCCUGUAUCCCUAUCCUGUAUUUUUGAUUUCCAUAAUCAAUGAUGCUUGGAUAUUUGGAGAGAUGCACUGCAAAGUAACUGGAGUUAUCCUGAGCAUAGGUGUCAUUGGUUCUGUCUACAGCAUUACAGCCAUAGCAGUUAACCGGUACUGCUGUAUUUGUCACAGUAACAGAUAUGACAAGCUAUACAGUAUGAAGAACAGCUAUUUCUAUUUUGGCAUAGUCUGGGUACUGACUGUCAUUGUCUUGCUGCCAAACAUCUUUGCUGAUGCUUUACAAUAUGAUUCUCGGAUAUACUCAUGCACAUUUAUAGAGAGUGUUAAUGCAGCAUGUUCCAUGACUGUGGCUGUUGUCCACUUUAUUAUUCCAGUUUCAAUUAUAAUCUUCUGCUACUCAAGCAUCUGGGUCUUACUUAUUCAGGUAAAGUACAGGAUCAGGCAGGACACCAAGAAGAAACUGAAACCUUCUGAAUUACGGAGUUUUCUGACUAUGUUUACAGUAUUUGUGAUUUUUAUCAUUUGUUGGGGUCCAUUCAGUGUUAGCAGUUUUAUUGUAGGCUUCAGUCCUCCUGAGAGGGCACCCAAAAUUCCUAACUCACUGUAUGUGCUAAGUUAUUUUAUUGCUUAUUUUAACAGUUGUCUUAGUGGUUUUAUUUAUGGUGUUAUGAAUAAAAAUUUUCGGCAGGAGUACAAGAAGAUUUGUAUGCUAUUGUGUGCUCCAGUACUAAAGUGCAGAAAGACUUCUCAGAUUAAAUCUAAUUUACAAAAAUAUAAUAAUUAA